ACCUGCCUCUUAAGAGUUUCACAUUAGCCAACAGGAACAGCAAAUUUUGCAACUGAGAUUAUUUCUCGUUCACCGAACUUUAUAAAUGUCUCAGAAUUGUACCAAAUAAUUCAUUCAUAAAUACUGUGCCCAUUUUAUUACCUCUUUUCAAAUAUCAAUUCAGGUCUCGAUUUCUUUUUGUUGUGUACAGCAACUGUCGUGUUUCUUUAAAUGUAAACAUACCUGGCCGUCAGACAAAAUGGCUACUACCAUUGCUACAAAAGCUAAAAAGCUUGCUUGCAAAGAUUUGCAUUCCUUUUUACGGACACUACCUCCUACAGUUUUAGAUCACCUUUACUGUCACCCUGCGACUUGUCUGGCUGUUUUUAGGGAUCUGCCGGAGCUAUCUCGUCACUAUGUAAUGCGCAUCAUGUUUGUGGAACAGGCAGUGGCUCAGGCUGUGGUGCGACAAUGGAGUACAGCCCCACAGGAAGAACAGUUGGAGGCUGCUGCAGCAUUGAUGGAGUUGAGGGUUUGGUAUGAAAAGCCGUUGCCCGGGGGUAUGCCAGGAUGGCUGCUGAAUCAUGUGUUCAGAAAGAAUCUCCACACUGCUUUACUAGGCGGUGGCAACCCUUGGAUUGGAAAUAAAGAUCUCACCAUUGACAAAUACGCCAAAGACAUUCCAUUCUUAGACAAGUACGCCUUGGAGAGAUGGGAGUGUGUCCUCCACUUCAUGGUAGGCUCUAACCAGGGCACGGACGGGGUCAACACAGACAUUACAGACGUGUUGCUACACAGCGGGCUUAUGAGGGUAGAUGAGGGUGAACCGUCCAUCACAGCGGAGGGAUUCCAGUUCCUGCUGAUGGACACCUCCUCUCAAGUCUGGUUCUUUUUGUUACAGUAUUUGGACACAGUACAGUCCCGAGGCAUGGACCUGGUCGAGUGUCUCACCUUCCUCUUCCAGCUCAGUUUCUCCACACUAGGGAAGGACUACUGCACGGAAGGGAUGAGUGAGAACCAGCUGAGGUUUUUACAACAUCUCAGAGAGUUUGGUCUCGUCUAUCAGAGGAAGCGCAAAUCUCAUCGCUACUACCCAACAAGACUCGCGGUGAACAUAGUGUCGGGUCUGUCCAAGGCCGCAGUGGACACGCACCGGCCCGGUUUUAUCGUUGUUGAGACCAACUACCGCGUCUACGCCUACACAGAUUCUCCUCUUCAGAUUGCCCUCUUGGCCUUGUUCUGUGAUAUGCUUUACAGAUUUCCAAACAUGGCUGCUGCAAAUUUGUCCAGAACAAGUGUCAGAGCUGCUCUGUCCAGGGGAAUCACAGCUGAUCAGAUCCUGCACUACCUCCAAAGCCAUGCUCACCCAGAGAUGUUGAAAAAUAGCCCAGUGGUGCCCCCAACCAUCACUGACCAGGUCAAGCUGUGGGAGCUGGAGCGUGAUCGCUUCAAGUUCAACGACGGCGUCAUGUACAACCAGUUCCUCUCCCAGGCAGACUUUGAGCUGCUCCGCAACUACGCCAAGGACAUGAAUGUGCUGGUGUGGGAGAUGCCAGAGAAGCGAGUGCUGAUCGUCACAAAGUCAGGCCACGAUGACGUCAAACGAUUCUGGAAGAGACAGAAGGCAUCCUCCUAGCAGUGGCGACAAGGGAUUGUGGGGUCUCUGUGCGGAUAUCUUAUUAUGUGCUUCAGUGUGGAUGAUGUGAAUGGUGAAAUGCUUGGUUGACAAAUUUGUGUGUGGAAUAUUUUGACUCAGUUUAAAAGAGUCAGCUGGACCGUGUGGAUGUUGGUUGUGUAAAAUACUUCUAGAAGUAUGAUUGAAGGGGUCCUUUUAUGGCAAAAUCUGUUGCCCGAACAAUGUUUGGAUAAUGAACCAGUUUCGAUUUCGACUGCUCAGUGUAAGACUACGUCAUAAGUCACUUUUCAAAAUGGUGUAUGACGGGACUCAUUCUCUUACUCUUAGCAGUCAGUAUGUCUGUUGGACAUUGAGCUGUACAUAUUCAUGUAUAUAUAUUCCUACUUCAUCUGAAUGAGAGAGUGUGAUUUCAUGAAACAUACCAUGAAAGUUGAAAUUUUAUCAUUGUUACAUUGAAUGUUGAAAUUUAAAAAAACCCUUGAAAGCUGA